AUGCUGUUUAGAAUAGCUUUCGCGAAGCCAUGGGUUCCUCGAGCUCCGCGACUCUGUUUCUCUCGGCUUUAUUCGCCAGGCAAGAACCGUAUAGAUCUUUCCAAACUAACACAGGCAGAAAUAAAGGCUUUACGAGACGUUAAUAUACAACGUCAAAGACAGCUCAAAGACAAAACGGCAGCGUUUUAUUUCAGUAGCCUGGCAGUUGUGUUUCUAGGACUUGCGUAUGCGGCAGUGCCGUUAUAUCGAGCCAUUUGCGCCAGAACUGGGUUUGGUGGUAUUCCAAUAACAGAUAGACGUAAGUUUACGAAUGAUAAACUAGUACCAGUAGACACAGAGAAAAGAAUCAGGGUCGCAUUCACAAGUGAAGUUUCGCAGAUUUUGCCCUGGAAAUUUACGCCUCAACAAAGAGAAGUACACGUGCUGCCGGGCGAGACGGCCCUUGCGUUUUACAAAGCUAAGAACACCAGCGACAAAGAUAUCAUUGGGAUGGCUACUUACAGUAUUACUCCCGGAGAAGCGGCACAGUAUUUCAACAAGAUCCAGUGCUUCUGUUUCGAGGAACAACGGCUUGCCGCAGGUGAAGAAGUGGACAUGCCCGUUUUUUUCUUUAUCGACCCGGACUUCGCCUCUGAUCCGGCAAUGCGGAAUAUUGACGAUCUGAUAUUGCACUAUACGUUUUUCAAAGCGCACUAUGCGAAUGGCGAAAACACGAACGACCCACUACUUUCCCCGCAAGUGAUGGCCUCUGGCACAUCAGAUGCUGAAGACGGAGCCAAAUCAUUUUGA